UCCCACCACCAUGGCUACAGUAUCCCCCAAUCCGGUUCCAUUCUCGGAGCCCCCCUACCUGCGUGGACUUCCCUCGCCCUACUACUCCCAAGGUCACCGCCAAUUCCAAUCAAGAUGUCGCGCGUUCAUAUUCGAAAACCUCCUCUCGCGCGCCAUGGAAUUCGAGCAACAAGCCGAGGUUCCGGCAGAGAUCUUCCACAAAUUCAACGAGCAUAACAUGCUCCUCCCCAAUCUCCCCGCUCCCUUGCCCAUCGACUGGCUGAAGCGACUGGGAGUUCACGAUAUCCUGGGCGUCAAGGUCGAAGAAUGGGAUUAUCUUCACGCCGGGAUCUACGCGGACGAGCUCGCUCGUUCAGGUCUGAGCACCGGCAGCGGGAUCAACGCCGGCUUCGCUUUCGGGAUCCCUCCGAUCAUCAAAUUCGCCAGUCGAGAGCUCCAAGAGCGCGUUCUUCCGGACCUUCUGCUGGGCAAAAAGAGAGCCUGCAUCGCCAUCACUGAACCCGAUGCCGGCAGCGACGUCGCGAACAUCACAACGACGGCCGUGAAAACCGAGGAUGGAAAACACUACAUAAUCAACGGAUCAAAGAAAUGGAUUACAAACGGGAUCUGGUCGGAUGUGGCAACGAUGGCUGUUCGCACCGGUGGCCCCGGCCCCGGCGGCCUUUCCGUGGUCCUCGUCCCCUUGAAAGGCCACCCCGGCGUCACCAUGCGUCGCCUCACCGUCUCUGGCCAGAAAACCGGCGGAACCACCUACAUCGAGCUGGACGACGUCAAGGUUCCGGUGGACAAUCUCGUCGGUCGCGAGGGCGAAGGCAUGCGCAUCAUCAUGACCAAUUUCAAUCAUGAACGGCUUUUGAUCGCGGUGGGAGUCAACCGGCAAGCUCGCGUCGCACUCUCCGCCGCAUUUUCCUACGUUCUGAAAAGACAGGCCUUCGGCAAACCGCUUAUGGAUCAGCCCGUCGUGCGCCACCGACUCGCCAAGGCCGGCGCCGAGCUCGAGACCCUGUCGGCCUUUCUCGAACAGCUGCUCUACCAGCUCUGCCAUCUUAGCAAAGCCGAGGCGGAUCUCCAGCUGGGCGGAAUCACCGCCAUGGCCAAGGCCAAGGCAGGAAUGGUCCUGAAUGAGUGCGCCCAAUGUGCCGUCCUGCUCUUCGGCGGAUCCGGUCUGACGGCCUCUGGACAAGGAGAACUGGUCGAGGCUAUACUACGGGAAGUACCGGGUGCUAGAAUCCCCGGUGGCUCUGAGGAUGUCCUGCUGGACUUGGGCAUUCGGCAACUCGUGAAGAUAUACCGGGCACAGGAGAAGAAGCUGGGACAGUCAAAGAUCUAG